AUGUUCGGCCGAGCGAAGCCGAGCAGAGGCGAUGAAACAAUUCAAAGAACAAAAGAAAAAAUACUUGAUUUAACAAAAAAUCCAUCUGAUCGUCAACGUUAUUUAAGAAUAUUAAUUGAUCAAUUAUCUAUUGAUGAUUUACAAGCAUUUUUUAAAACUGCAUAUCAAUAUAUUUUUUAUCUUUUCUUUGAAAAUUUUAGUCAAGUUGAAAGUAAUAUAACACGAGCACUUUCAAAACAAAAUCAAUUAGAACUUGAAUAUGUUACCAAUUUAUUGGAGCGUAUUCUUACAUUAUUACCUACAUUUGUACAUCAAAGAUGGCAAGCACAUUGUAUAUGCAAUGUAAUCAAACGAUAUUUUGUUGUUUGUAAUAGUCCACAAGGUGUUGCACGUGGCAUACGUUUAUUUCUUCUUUGGUAUCAAAUAUUAGGUAGUAAUGCUGUUGAUGAUGAACAUACAUUUUUUAAAAGUCUUAUACGUAAUUGGAAUCAAACAUUGGUUGGUACACGUAGUAGCGGAGAAAUUUCAAAUACAGAUGAACAAGCAUCGGCAGCAUUUAAUGAAAUAUUUCGUACACCACCUGAUACUUUUCGAUGGGCUGAUAUAAUUCCAAUAUGGCCAAAAAAUACUUCUGAUUAUGAACCAACUGUUGAUCGUUGGCUUUUUUUUAUGUUACAUACUAUGUCGGAUACAUGUAAACGUAUUUUAUGGGAUUCAAAUUCUGAAUCAUCACGUAUAGAAAAACAAGAAGAAUGUUUUCGAUUUCUAUUCGAUAUGUUUAAACGUUAUUAUAUGCCAACACUUUUUCCAACAUUUACUGAACAAAAUAUUUAUGAUUUAUCUAUACCAAUAACAAUCCCUGAAACAGUACGAAGUGAAAGUGAUCGACCAAGAAGACGACAAGCAUGUUUAUGUCGAACAGCAUUUGUUAUAUGGUUAUUACCAUUUCUUAAUGAAGGACAAAAUCGAGAUAGAACAUUAACUCGUGUACAAAAUCCACCUACAUCGCCUCUAAAUAUUAUUGCCCAAUCAACAGUAACAACUAGUACAAUAACUAGUUCAUCAGAUUACUCAUCAUCAUCAAAUGAAUUAUAUCAUAUAAUAACGGGAUCAGGAUCAAAAAAUCAAUUGCCAUCAUUUCAACAAUUAGCAAGUCUAAUUGGACCAUUGGAUAGUAAUAUGUUAGAAAUAGGUCAAAAUGUAUUUUUAUCAACACAAGAAAAUAUUAAUUUUAUUCAUGAGAUAUUUCGACAGAGUUAUCUUAUGUCCGGUGAAAAUGGUUUAGCUGCUUCGCUAAUUCUUCGUACGGUGAACAAUUGGAUAAAAGAAAAACAUUUAGAACCAGUUUUUAUGCUUGAACCUGAACAACGUUCAUCAUCAAAUGAUGUACCUAAUGAUAAUCAUCUACGUUUAGGUCUUAAUCGUUGGUUACAAAUUUUUAUAACACAAUCAUUUUAUUUAUUUCUUGUACGACCAUCAUCAAUCAAUGAUGAACAACAAACAUUAACAACACAACCUGAACAAGCUAUGCGUGAAAGAUCACUUGCUGGUCUUGUUACAUUCUAUAAAAAAUUACCACAAAGACAUACACCAGAUCGAACAACAUGGGAUUUAAUUUUAAGAGUUAUGUUAAGAAUUGUUCGACUUUCAUUACAAGAUCGACCAACACAAAAUACAAAUCAUACCUAUAUUGAAAAUACGAUAAAAACUCUUCUUUUCCUAUUUCAAUCAGCAUCAUUAUAUGUUAGUGUUGAAUUAUGGAAUAAUUUAAGUGAUACAUUAUCAUCAAAAGUUAUGUGGCCUGAAGUUAUUGAUCAAUGGGAUUUAUCAAUGAGAGCAUUAACAAAAGAUCUUGGUCGUCUUGUUUAUAAAGUUGAAACAGAAGCAUCACAAACAUCACAUAUUCGUCGAGGUGGUCCAAAUGCUGGUAUUCGACGUACUGUACAAUCUGUUCCAUCUAGUUCUCUUAAUCAAAAUUCUUCAUCGAUUAUACCACGUAUACGAACAUUAAGUUCUGAUGACGAUGGUGAUCUACCAGAACAAAUAGCACCACAACAACAACCAAUUCGACCAUCAAUUAUUGAACGUACUCGACCAGAACGACGACGAACAAGUAGUGAUGAUAGUUUAACACAUACAACAGCAACAACAACAUCAUCAAUUACUAAUCGACCACAUGUUUUAGCAAGUAUUCCAAGUAAUCAAAUAGGUGAACAACAAGCAAUAAUGGAAGGACAUUUAAAUGAACAAAAUCCACUUUUAUUCAGUCCAACUGAAUCAUUAAUAUCUACUCAACAACAACAACAACCAUUAACUAUUCAAAUAUCACAACAAACACCUAAUUCUCAUAUGAGUGAUAUGUCACCACCAACUCAUCCACUUGAUUCACCAAUGAGUGAUGAUUAUAGUAAUGUAUCAACUGGUGUACUUGAUACAAAUAGUUUAAGUGGUAUUGUUAGUGGUGAUACAUUAACAUCACAAUAUAAAACUAACAAUAUAAAUACAACAGAUUCUCGUUCAACAACAGUUUCAGAAUCAACUUCAACAUCAGAUCAUCAUCAACAUAUAUCUCCACCAUUAUCACGUAAUCAUCAUCCAUUAAGUCAAUCAACUGUUGAUAGUCUUCAUUCAUUUCCACAAGAUUCAGCUACAAUCGAUAGUAUUGAUACAACAGUUUAUAUUCAUGAACAAAAUUAUGAAUCAACACGUCUUGCACCUGAAACAGCUUAUACAGCAUGGUUUCGUAUGCUUGGUUCACUUGGAAAUAUAAAUCAAAUACGUGCAGCUGACCAACAUAAUCGUAUAAUGAAAACACUUUUUGAUAUAUGGAAAAUGCUUUGUCGUAUUCAUAUUCUAUCAAAAGAUACUUUACAUGGAGAUUUAUAUUUUGAUGGUCCACCAUUAUUAAUAUUUGCACCAUGGCUUUUUGAAGCUAUACAAACAUUACCAUCAACAUAUCGUGAAGGAAAAUUAUCAGCAUAUAAAUUAUUAUGUUCAAUGGGUGUUUUUAAUCAUGAUGUUUCACCACCAGCAGAUUUUCUUGAUAUGUUUUUAUUAAGUAUUUAUCAAGGUUUAUUAUCAGGAGAUGAAGAUAUUAUUCAUGUUAUAAUUAGUUCAUGUAAAGUAGAUUUUUUUCAUCGAUGUUGGCCAUCAUCAACAUUACUUAUACCAUUAUUUACAACAGCUUGUUGUGACAUUGGUCAAAAACCAAGUCUUGUCGAUGGAAAAACUAUUCCAAAAGUUGAAGCAUUGACUAUAUUGAGUAGUCUUGUUUGUUUUCCAAAUCAUUUUGAACAACUUGAUGUUUUAUCUACUAAAGAGAAAGAAUAUGUACCUACAACAAUGGAUCGUACAUCAUUAAAACGUAUGAUUAUGCGUGAUUUAAUAAAAGCAUCACAAAAUGAUGCAAUGCUUGAAUCACGAGAAAUUGCUUUAUGUGGUUUAGCAAUAUUUCUUUGUGAAGAAUUAAAACAUCAACGAACUGAAUCACCUAUCCGACCAUUUAUUUUAUUUAUUGUUGAAUGUUUACAGCCAGCUGAUUCAACAGUAUUCGCAGCUGAUAUGCUUCGUUUUCUUGCAUCUUAUGCUCCAUUAUUUAUUUCACAUCGUGAUAAUCAAAAUGGUCAAUUAUAUACAUUAAUUAUUGAUGGUCUUAUAUCAUCAUUACGUUCAAAUAUUCCACGUGAUAUUGGUGCAUUAAUGCGUAAUAAUGUACGUAUUAUAAAAUCUUUAAUAUUUGCAUUAUUGGAUUGGAUAUUACAUGUUCCAACAAAUUAUUUACAACAACAACAAAUACAACGUGAUGAAAAUAAUCAUGAUAUAACAACAACAAUUAUACAACGAACAUUUUCAAUAUUAGUUGAUGUUUAUCAUUCAACAAAUUCAUUAAAUGAUGAACAAAAAGUUCAAGAUAAUGAAUUAACAUUAAGUCAAUCAAUAAAAUUAUGUUGUAAAUUUGCUAUAUUAUUUUUACUUAAUGAACAUUCACAUUUUCCAUUAACUGAAAAUGAAUCAUCACUUAUAACAACAAAUGUACAUGAAGGACAUGAUUGGUUAAUAUCAUCAAAACAACAACCAACAAUACAAAAUGAUGAUAAUCAAAAUUUAAAUCAAUCAGAUGAAUUAAUUAUACAAUCAUCAAAUAUUCAAUUAUUUGUUAUUCAUGAUGAUUUUCUUAUAUCAUUUAUUGAAAUUCCAAAUGAUAAAAUAAAUGAAUUAACAACAGAUAAUCAACAAUUUAUAUCAGGAACAACUUUAUGUCGAACAAUAAUAAGAGAUUUAUGUGGAAGAUAUUGUUGGGAUAAUUAUACUUUUAAUAUUAGUUCAAAUUCAAAAGCCAUUACACGUCCAUUUAAUAAUCCUAUUGAAUUAUCUCUUCCAACUAAAUCAACAUAUCACGUUGAAGAAACAACACGAGGAAUUACAGUAUUGGAAAAAUUUGAUUCUAUUCAACCACCAACUUUUCAAAAUCAACCACCAAAUACUGAUAUUCUAGAUAAACUUCUUCAAUAUAUAACAUCUCAUAGUCCGGAAUUAGCAUUUUACAGUGAUCGAACAUUAACAGAUGUUUCACCAACACCAACAUCGAUUUCUGCUCAUGAUGAAAAAGCUAUUAUAAGAAUGAUUAAUGAACAAGAAAUAGCAGAAAAAAAUUAUGAUUCAUCUUCAUUUGGUCAAAUUGAACAACAUAUUGAAAAUGUCAUUCAAUCACCACGUUACGAUCGAUUUGCAUUAUGUCGAUCACAUAUAACACAACUUGGUUUAAUGAUGUUUGAAAAUCGACAAAAUAUUGAUUUAUUAAAUACAUCAAAAACAAACUGUGAUCAACUAUUACGUGAAUUAAAAAAUUUAGAUACACUUAAUUGUCGUGAAACACAUAAAAUCGCGGUUAUUUAUAUUGGUUAUGGACAAGAAGAUAAAACAAGUAUAUUUAAUAAUACACAUGGUAGUCCAAAUUAUGAAGAAUUUCUUACACAUCUCGGUUGGCAAGUUGAAUUAUCAAAACAUACUGGUUUUCGAGGUGGUUUACAUCCAUUAGCUAAUACAUAUUCAAUAUAUUAUGCAAAUGCACUUGUUGAAAUUAUGUUUCAUGUUGCAACAAUGAUUGAUGGUUCAACAGAUGAAGAUCGUUUAAGAAAAAAAAUACGUCAUAUUGGUAAUGAUGAAGUACAAAUUAUUUGGACAGAACAUUAUCAUGAAUAUGAUAGAUCAAUUAUUGCUAGUGCAUUUGGUGAUGUUUUAAUUGUUAUACAUCCAUUACCGAAUGGUUUAUAUAGAAUUAAAAUUGAUAAAACUAGCCAAACAACAAAUUUCGGUCCAUUAUUUGAUGGUGCAAUUGUUGAUAAACUUAUUCUUCCAGAAUUAGUACGUGCAACAGCUAUAAAUGCUAGUCGUGCACGUCGUACAACACUUAAUAAUCAUUGUGAAUUUUAUGAAGAACGUUAUCGUAUAAUAAAUUCAAUAAUACGUACACAUAAAAAAGAAACAACAUAUGAAGAAUUUCUUGCUAAAUCAUUUACACCAUUAGCUACAAAAACAUUGGUUAUCCAAACAGAUGAGGCAACAAAAUCAACGAAUACGCAAAAUGAGCGGCGAGAUGGUUCGUCCACUGUAACAAAUAAUCCACUUGCAAAUACGCAUACAAGUAGUCAAAAAUCACGUCAAACACCUCGAAAUUUUCCUUUUCUAACACAGAAUAAUAAAUAA